AUGGCACAGAGUCACGAAGAUGAGUGGGAAACCCACCGCGAGGAGCUCAAACAUCUGUGGCUCGACCGAGAUUGGACUGCCAAACAAGUUCAAAAAUACAUGUCCCAAUGCUACGGCUUCUACAGAAGUGAAAGCCAGUUUGCUCGUCAAUUCAAUAAAUGGGGGUACAAGAAAAACGCAACCAGAGAAGACUGGCAGUUCGUCUCAUCUCGCCAGGAAAAACGAAAGCGGGAUGGGAAAGACCCCGGGUGGGUUUGGAUGCGUGGAAAGCGCGUCCCUGACGCCAAAGUCAGAAAAGAGAUAUCUCGCCAUGUUCCAUUAUCUUCAAAAUAUUCGGGGAUAGAGACGUCUGUUUCAGAUCCCAAGACACCAGAAGGAAUUCUUGUGUGCACACCUGGAGCGCAACCUCACGAUAUUGGCACUGAACCCGAUAGUCAGGCAACUCUCCUACUGAACGACUGGUCACAUACCCCCAGCCUUGAGUUUCCGAACUGGGUAAUCCCAGAAGCGGUGCAGCUCAGUAGUGCGCCCUCUCCACCGCCGAUCAUUCUGUCGGAUCCGAGUUCGUUAGAUUUUAUCUUGCAAGGGGACAGAGAGCCUGCUACAGAUCCGUUCAAUCAUACCGGCAACAUAUUUGAAUGUGAUAUGCCUAUUUCUUUUCCUUCUGUUACAUCAGAAAGCGCAGAUUGGGGGGUUCAGCCCCAGAACUGCAUAGCAAACACCGAGAACGAGAGCAUGGCCGAGGAGACUCGCCUGAUUCUCUCGCAGCAGUUUAAAUCGUCUGAUGUUUCAGACGGGCCAAGUUUCUUUUCGAAACUAGAGCCCAUAACAUCUGAAAACUUCAACCUCGGAUGUGCAGGAAAAGCCAAAGCCUCGAUCCAAUCCCCCUUGCGAGAUAAGUUGUUCGACUAUCUCAAUUACUGCAUCUACCUGUCAUCGAAUAAUCAUCUUAGCGACGGUUCAACUGCUAAGUUGGUAUCCCUUAUUGCAAAAUCCCGUGCCUUUUCUUUGCUGAGAACACUUUUGAAAUCAAACGACACAGCAGUUGAGAUCUUCAUGGGAAAUCUUCUGGGAAGCGCAGCAGGAUUAGGAGAAGUUGAGAUUUGCGACAUUUUGAUCCAAGCUGGGGCGGAUCUCGAUUGCUUGACUGGAGAUGUCGUGCCAACAACAGCUCUUCACCGAGCUCUUCAAAAGGCCCGGAAUGAAUGUGUGACAUUGUUACUGGAAGCAGGUGCAGAUCCAAACCUGACCGUUGACAAACAGUCUCCACUUCAGGUUGCAUGUUCUGUUCGAUAUCUCAACCCACUUGAACGAGUGAGUCUUUUGUGCAGCUUCGGAGCUGCUGUGAAUCCGCCAUUUAAGUCCUCCCGUCUUUCACCCCUGCAGUUGGCGAUUCGAGCAGAGGAUACUGAAUUAGCCCGAUAUCUCUUGAAAAAGGGGGCAGAUCCUGAUUUCUUUGCCAAUCCAAAGAGUGGGACACCCCUUCAACUUGCAAGCGCGUUUUCUGAAAAUUCAGGCAUGGCAGAGCUUCUACUUGAAGCAGGUGCAAAUAUUAAUUCACGCUCGGGUUACCAAAAGGGGAACCUACAUGCUGUUGGCACCGAGGAUAGCGAGAUGGAUUCGGAUUCAGAAUCCGAUUCGGAUUCUUACUACUCUGCCAAUGACGAGGGUGCAAUAUAUCUGGCUGAAAGUCUCUCAUUCUCUUUCAUGCCCCCUAUCCUUAUCGCAUCCAUUAGAGAGAACUGGGAGGUUGUUCAGCUUCUGUUGGACGAAGGAGCCAAGGUAAAUCCUAGCUGGAGAACAUGCAAGACAGAAUUGUUGGACGAUGAAAUGUCACCUCACACGACCCCGGUCUUUACUCCGCUACAGGCAGCUGUCCUCGCAAAGAACAUCACCAUGACUCGCAUGAUUUUAACUCACGGUGCUCAUAUUGAUGCUAGACCGAAAGGAAAUCAAGGUCACACAGCGCUUCAAAUAGCUGUGAUGGUUAUGAGCGAAAGAAUUGUUGAACUGCUCUUGGCAAAAGGGGCAGACGUUAAUGCUCCUGCAGGCAUACUUUACGGGGAGACUGCCCUCCAGGCUGCAGCAAAACAUUCUGACACCAAGAUCCUGAGGAUUUUACUGGAAAAUGGGGCUCAUGUCAAUGCUCCUCCAUCUAAGAGGAAUGGAAAGACUGCUUUGCAGUUUGCAAUAGCAGCUGGAAACAUCGAGGGAGUAGAAAUACUUUUGGAUUCUCAGGCAGCUGUGAACACCGACCCAUAUGUCACCGGUGGCGUAACCGCUCUCAAAGAAGCCGCUCGUCUCCAAGACCCAGCAGUUAAGGAAGAAAUACUUCGUCUUUUGAUGCGUGCAGGGGUAGAUACCGAAGUACCCACAAACCAAAGUCGCAAUGCUCCUUUACAUUCCUUUGUCGAGUGCGGAGAUCUUGAAACAACAAGAAAACUUCUUGAAAAGGGUGUAAACCCCAAUCCGGGAUACUCUGCCAAAUCAUAUCUCACGCCUCUGCAAGAAGCUUCAGCACAGGGCCAAGAAAGCCUCGUGGAGCUAUUGAUAAAGCAUGGAGCUGAUAUCAAUGCCCCCGCUGAUCCAUAUAAGGGGCGCACUGCCCUACAGGCGGCAGCUGAGAAGAAUAGGCAGUCGGUGAUGGAUCUCCUCUUGAAAUCUGGAGCAGAUAUCAAGUCUGAAGCAGCCUCUUACGGGGGUAUUUCAGCUAUUGAAGCGGCAGUCGUGACAUUAAACGAGAAGCUCGUUCGCGUGCUUCUUGCGAAAUGUCCCGACGCUAUAGUUUCUGACCAAAAAGCAAGACAUCGAGUCUUAGCUUUAGCCUUGGGGAAGGUGAUGGUUGAUGUGUCUCUCCUUGAACUUCUACUCAAGGCAGGAGCAUGCGCUGGAAAUAAUGAGGUUUCCACAAAGGAAACCUCCAUCAUGCAGGCUGCAACAUAUUGCAAAUUUGACGUGUUCCGAUGCAUAUUGGCUGCAUGUGCUAACCCAAACCAACGCUGGAUUCGCGAUUCCCCUGGUGAUGUGACAGCUAUCCAGGCUGCUGCUUCUCGCAAUAAUAUUGAUGUUGCUCGGGUACUCCUCGAGAAAGGUGCUGAUGCCAAUGCCCCAGCAAAUAAACUUGGCGGUAUGACCGCCUUACAGACAGCAGUAUCAAAAAAUAAUUUUGAGAUGGUGGAGCUCUUGAUACAACAUGGUGCAGACGUCAAUGGUUUACCUAGCCCCAUCAGGGGUCGUACGGCGCUUCAGGCUGCUGCGGAAGGCCGACUUGUUAAGCUCUCAGAAUAUCUCAUAGCCCGUGGAGCCAACGUCAACGCCCCGGCAGCACAUAACAGGGGAGUCUCAGCGCUGCAGGGGGCGGCCAUCAAGGGAAACAUCCGCAUUGUGGAGAUUUUGCUCCGGUGCGGAGCAGAGAUAAACGGAGCACCCGCAAUUGAGCAAGGAAGAAGUGCGAUAGAGGGUGCGGCGGAGAAUGGCAGACUCCACACUUUGCGAUUGUUGCUGGACAAGCACCCAAAUACGGAAGAAUUUGAUAUCAGGAGAAAACGCGCAUCA